CCUUCGUUAGCGUCCCAGCAAGAGGCCGCACGUGCUCGUCCCAGCGUCUCGCGUUCUCCAGCGCGUUCCUGGCGCUGCAGCGCGUCAGUCUCAAGCCACACAAGGGUCUGAGUGUAUUGCCCGCGUAUCGUCUCCCCGCAUUCCUGCUAGAAUGAGCGACAACUGGCGGCUGGACGUCAAGUUCCAAGGCCACUCCAUUGACCUGGUGGGGCGCUUGCCGGCCGAGAAGCGCUCGCUGCUGCGGGACUUCCCGCGUCGCCUGGCAGUGAGCACCAAGGCCAAGCUGUCCGCCAUCCCGCAGAAGGGCUUCUUCUGCAAGUUCUUCGCCAAGAACUGCGAGGAGAUGAAGGUGUACAUGAAGAAGCACGAGUGCGCGCUGUGUGUGCAGUUUGUGGCUUCCACGUACACUUUCACGCUCUAUCUGCUGGUGCCGGUGGUGCUGAAAGGACUCAAGUGUUUGCACCGACUACGGAAGAGCGGGGCGAGUCCGGAUUCUAUCAAGUCGCUGUGCACGGAUCGAGAUGGCGUGGUGAUUGGGUUUAUUGUGUCGGAGGUGAAUGUAGAGAUGGAGGAGAAGAUGCACGAGCGGAUGAAAGUGAUGGAGGAGCUGGAAACGACUGCGAAGGCCAUUUCGCACACGUUCGGCGACCCGAUGCUCGAGUUUGACCUGCUGAUUGAUCAGUUGGAUACGAAGCCGUCAGCGAUUCAGGUCUGCUCGAAGUUCAUUGUUCGUCAUCAGCACUUGCACAAUGCGAUCUGCCAGAAACUGGCCCAGGCGAUGGAGACGAUGCAGUCUUCGAAGGCAAAAGCGAGCAUUGUGUACGUUGUACACGAUGUUGUCAAGUCGGUGAGAGCGAAUUAUCCUCAGAAGGAGCGAAAUGCGAAGAUGCGCGAGUCGGGAUUGGUGCUCUCACUGGAAAAGAUUCUGUAUCAGCUUGUGCAGAAGCUGGAUGGCGAUGCGAAGCACAACCCGAAUGUUCGGGCAGUGUUUGAAUUCUGGACGAAGUGGGGAUUGCAGUUUUCAGCGCCGUUGGAAAAUGAGUCAAGCUCGCGUCAUGACCCUAUGCUGAAGAUUGAUGAGACUUUCGAGAUCUUGGAACGUGAGGUCUCCUUGGUAUCGGACGCUUCUUCGUCGCCAAUUAAGCCCACUGCUCCACCUGAGGUGGUGGCAUUUAUGAAGAAGCACAGCAUUCAGCCGGGACCAUGGGAGGUUUAUCUCGGACGUGCCUUACCCCAAGAAAUUGAGGAGCUUGACGCCGCGCUUGACCUGAACACGAAGUAUUUUGGUUUCAACAACUGGCAUCCGUCCGAGAAAGGAGGCAGGAGGGGUGGCGAGCUGUUCUUGCACCAGUAUACCAAGGCAAUGAUGCCGUGGCUGCUGCAUGCAUCAACGUCGUCACCGAGCAAGAGCUCCGGAAAGCGCAAGCGCGUGAAGGACUCGCUGACCCUGCUGCGAGAUGCGUUCCUAUGCACGUGGGACCUCGAUCCCACAGCAGCGCGAGCGGUAUCUGACGUCGAUCGCUCAUUAUUAGACGACAUGUGGAAGAAAAUGGAAUACGUCAAGUGCCAGAAUCCCUCAGCAUUUGUCUUCGGCAAGGUUAGGCGGGUGAAAACUAUUCAGUUUGCCAAUAGUCCUGCGACCGACGCAUUGCUGAAGACAAUUGAAGACGAAUCCAAGGUAAAAUCGAGUGAGCUGGUCGCAGAGCUGACCAAGGUAUUCAAGCUCGAUACAAUGGCUCGCGAAUCCGUCGCGAAAGUGAAGUCGAAAUCCGAUCUGUGCUACAUUGCGAAAGAGCUCUGCAACCGAUGUCGGCAUCACAUGGUGGCAAACCCGUCAGUGCACAUGGUCAAGCUCUGCCAAAAGGUUCUUGCAACUAAAAACCCGAUGAAGGCGUACUCGUCCGCAAUGAAAAGCAUGAUCUCUCGGCAGAUGAAGAUGUCCGCGGUGUUCGACAAGGAAGCAAAGUACCGGAAGCUGGAGAGUGUCAGCGCUUCUUCUUCUCCAGUCACUGAAAGCGAAGCCUCUAGCUCUCCUCACUCCGAGCUUACAGAUGCCGAGCUGGCCGCAGUGAAGAGACGUAUUCCGAAGCCCCCGAAGCUGCUGUUCAAAAAGGUUGACCUGAAAACGAUCACAUACCAGGAGACGAAUGAUAAUGGUACAGUGGGUGUCGCGGUUUCCGGCAUCCCCAACGCGGGGAGAGGACUCUUUAACCUCUCGGCACAUCCGUGGCCAGCAUUUUCAGUUGUCUGCAUCUUCGGCGUUCGCCGGAUUACGAAGGAAAUGCAUCAUGACGGACUCAACAAGGUAGCCCGGUGCGGUGAGCUGGGCGAGACCUUCGUUGUAGUCAAUGGCACUGUGCGCGACGUAGACAAGUUCCAGACUCAGUACGGCCACCGCUUGAUGCCUUUCGACGGCUUGGUUGAUGCAGAUGGCUCCGUCGGUGGAUUCCCGAACGACCGUGUGUACGAAUACCCAGCGGACGUCUACUGGGAUGCCUCGGGAUUCUACAACAACUGCAUCCUCGUGCCCGGCUGCGUGAUUGAGAACCCUCAAGACACAACAAGCCCCAUCGUCCUGAAUCAGCUGUACAUCGUGACGUGGAAGGAAGUAGCAGUACACGAAGAGUUCUUCCUGGCGUACGGAACGUCGUACUACGAGGACGACGAGAAGACCAGCACCACAAGCGAGGGGAGCAGCACCUAG